AUGGAGGGUCUUAAAAAUGUGCUCACGGAAUACUACGUUGGUCCCAUCGACAAUGGAAACAACAAGGAGAAGAAAGAUAUCUCGGAUCUUCAGAAGCUGCUGAACGCCGACACUCACCAAGCUGCUCUGAAAUUUGCCGAAGCUUCACUGGAAUGGAGAGAUGAUUUCUUCAUUCAUCAUCCAGUUCUACCCAGACUUACGACUGACUUCAUAACGUGUUGUCGCGAAAUCCCAAGUAUUCAUGCAUUUUAUCGUGUGAUUGCUGAGAAUCGAAAUGGAUAUAUCAUGACUCCUUGCCAUGUCAAUGUUCAUGGAUAUCAUCGAGGAGAUCUUCGUUAUAUAGAAGUCAAUGAUAGGACUGUGACAAAGAGUAAUGAGAGAACAAGUAUCGUUGGGAAGUUAUUUCUUGGGGAUAUCAUUGGAGUUUCCGGAUUAGCGAGAAUGACUGAAUUCAAAGAGUUUGAUGUGUUUGCGUCAAAAAUGGAUGAUCAAUGUACUUGGAUGGCCACCAAAAUUCAAAUCUACUCAAGAAAAACACUUCUUAACGUAAGCUUUUCAUUGCUUUCUAAUGGCACGGCUGUUGUGAAGGAUCACAAUGAAGUGAUGAACGUCAUAAAUCCUGGAUCGCUUCGUCUGCAUCCUGGGAAAAUGUACACGGGGACAGCGUUUCUACCGGAGAAAAUAACUCGUCAUUUUACAAUGGAUCACGGGCGGAAUCAGAAGAAUCAAAUAAUCGCGAAAUGCUCAAAAGUUCAUCAAUACCCAAAUGCUCUUGGAUCCGUAUUCAACUUCAAAGAAUCUCUCUCACUGAAGCAUUUGAUAUUGGAGUGA